AUGGCGACUUCUACGGCUGCUGCCACUGCUCUGCUCCGCUCCAGCCCGGCAGUUCCAGCCAAGGUAAAGCCGUACAGCAUCAAGCUUAGAACAGGAACCCUCGUGUACUUCCCCACGAGGUUAACUGUCGCGUGUGGUUGGCGCAGCGGAGGUGUCUCCAUGCGGUUGCUGGGCGGACGACGACGAGAAGGAGGGGAGCUGCAGGGGUCAUGCGAGCUUGCUUCAACCCUCUCGGGGACGAGCGCAUCCUCCGAGAAGCCAUCAAGGCGUACUGUUUCAUACUUCACUGUCAUUUGGUUCUCCCAAUCUCAUCAACUUUGGGAAUCAGAAUGCUUUGUGGAAAGGGAGCCAGUAGCAUUCAUGGGUGGUGUGUUUGCUGGCCUCUUGAGGCUUGACCUGAAUGAGGAUCCUCUCAAGGAAUGGAUAACUCGUACAGUGGAGGCUUCUGGAAUAGCUGAGGAAAACAGCUCUGAAGAAUCAAGUGAGGCAGAUCAAAAUGAUGCACCUCAGCAAAUUGAGAUUGAGUGA